AUACGCAACAGGAGAGAGAAAGAGAUGGAAAUUGUAGCGCGGUUAAGUCCGAUCCCGCGCAGGCCAGGGCGUCGUAAGAAGAGAGAGAAUUACAGUUGUCCUUCGUAAGUCUCAAUUCUCUCUCCCUUCCGUUGGAGUCUUUCGACUCUUUCCCGUCCAAUUCCCUCCCAGGCCCCCCUACUUAAUUGUGUUUCAUUCUUCAUUCCGCCACACGCUUCCUCGUUCGUCCUAGAAAUCUUCGAUUUUUUCUUGUCAUUCAAUGUUGUUGUCUGCUACUCCGAUUCGAAUGCCCUAGACGUUCAAAACUGUUUAGUGUGCUUCCAUGGAGGAGGAGAAUGUCGGUGGUGCGAACUCGGCGAGGGUUUCUUCGUCUUUCGCCCCAGAGACCGGAGGGGCUUCUUCGUCUACUUAUGCAUCCAAGAAUGGGCGCUGGUUUACCGUUGAGCUUAGACCCGGCGAGACCACUAUUGUGUCUUGGAAGAAGCUGAUCAAGGAAGCUAACAAGGCGAGUCAAUCUACUCCCGCUUCUGAGGCUCCCUCCGGUGCUCAUCCAGCUCUUGAGUCUCGGCUUGCUCCGGGUCAACCUGCAGAGGGUGAGUCGAAGGAUGCACCUCCAGGAAAUCGUUUUAGUGCUGUUAUUGAGAAAAUUGAACGUCUAUACGUGGGUAAGGAAAGUAGUGAUGAGGAAGAACUUGAUGGUGUUCCUGAUGAUGAUCAAUAUGAUACAGAAGAUUCUUUUAUAGAUGAUACUGAGCUGGAUGAGUAUUUUCAAGUUGAUAAGUCAUCGACGAAGCACAAUGGUUUCUUUGUUAAUAGGGGGAAGUUGGAACGCAUAAAUGAACCUGUUGCAUCACCUGACCACCAACCAAAGAAACGAAGGAGGAAGGAUCUUGCAAAGUCUCGUAUUGAAAAGGAUGGUGAAAAUGUACCAAAUAAACAUACAAAAGAUGGUGAUCAUAUUCCAAGUAAAAAUGCUAAAUUGGGUAAUGUGAGGAUGAAAGCUGCUGCAAGGACAGCACCAUUGGGAGGGACAAAAUCUUCUAGUCCAUCUCAAAGUUUAGCUGCUAUAAGUGAAUAUUAUGAAGAUGAGAAAGUUCAGAAUCAAUUGAAUGCUCCUGUAGGACUUUCCAAGAAAAAAUCCACUGAUUCUAGUACUAAACCAGAUAAUCCUUCAUCUGCAAAAAUAUUAAAUAAGGAUGCUUCUGUAUUUCCAGAAGCAAAGGACAUUGAAAGGCAGAGGACUGGAACUGUCCAACAUAGAGAGCUUGGUAGUAAAUUGAAAGUUUCAAGUGAGUCAUCUGAUGCUUUGCUUCAUUUGUAUCGGGAUAAAAAUACUUCAUCUCAGAUUGAGCCUCAAUCCAAUAGACAAUUGAAUGAUAUGAACGAACUAGAGCUAUCCACCAAAGUUAGGCAGAAGGAGAAAAAUUGCAGCAGUCAACUGCCUGACCUUAAUUCCUCUGUGAUCAAGUACCCGGUGCAAACUGCUAAGACUUCAUCCAUGCAUGUAAAGGAAGGCUCUACUGUUAGGCCAAAAGGUACAAUGCUUGAAAGGGCCAUCAGGGAGCUGGAGAAGAUGGUCGCAGAGUCAAGACCACCUAUUAUGGAAGUUCAGGAUGCUGAUGCUUCAUCCCAGGCAGUCAAGAGGAGAUUGCCUCGAGAAGUAAAACAGAAGCUUGCUAAAGUUGCCAGAUUGGCGCAGUCAAGCCAAGGAAAAAUAUCAGAAGAGUUAAUAAAUCGCCUUAUGAGUAUUCUUGGCCACUUGGUGCAACUCAAAACAUUGAAGAGAAACUUGAAAGAGAUGGUUGAACUGGGUUUGACAGCAAAACAAGCAAAAGAUGAUCGCUUCCAACAAAUAAAGAAGGAGAUUGUUGAAAUGAUAAAAGUGCAGGCUCUCUCUUUAAAGUCCAAGGCAUCUGAGCCACGAGAUGGAGCAUCUGAUGAUUUUCAAGAGCCACUUGGUUCUGAAGAAAAAGGAGUCAAGGGGAAAUAUUGUAUGGAUGAUGCUAUGGAAGACAAGCUUUGCGAUCUCUAUGAUCUAUUUGUUGAGGGUAUGGAUGAAGACAAGGGCCCACAGAUCAGAAAGCUGUAUGUAGAGCUUGCAGAGUUGUGGCCAAAUGGAUCCAUGGAUAACCAUGGAAUCAAAAGUGCUGUCUGCAGAGCAAAGGAACGAAAGAGGGCAAUGUAUAGCAAACAUAAGAUUCCGUUCCCGCUCCAUGUCUUGCAAACCAUGUAUGUGCAGCCAAUCAAGGAGGAUCAGGAGAAGAUCAGAAGAAAAAAGUUGUCCAGUACUCCAAGGACAGAAGAGAUUGUUCAUGGUGAAACUAGUACAAUUGCUCAGCCUCGGUUUCUGCAAGAAAGGCUUGUGUAUGAUCCAAGUAGCCAUGUUUUAACUUCACCCAACAGGAUGACUUCAAACAUGACAGCUGCUAGUCAGCACAUUUCGGCCCCUGGUAGAGUGCUAAAUUCAUCAACAAAUGGUUUAAAUUUGGAUCGCCCGCCAAAGCAAGAGAAGGUGAAGGAUAGUUCAGGUACCUUUUUGGAUGAGGUUAGGGGAACAGAUGGCAAAUUGGUAAAGAAGAAGCUUAAGAGGAAGCCAGAAUCAAUCUUCGGUGAAGUCCAUUACCAUGCAGACAAGUUGUCUAUACAAAAAGUUAAAGAAAAGCACAAGUUCCCCAAGCAGGCUGGAAAUCAAUUGCAGAAACCAAGUGUUCAGUCAACUGGCCUUCCUAGUUCUGAACAACCCAGCUGAUGUGAAUUGUCUUUGAUCAAGCAUCUUACACUCGAAAUCUUGGAAAAGGUAACAUGGAGCGCUAACUGGUUCUGCUUUAUUUAGAGGUGUUGCAAAAGUUUUAGAAGCAGAAUUUCUCUCAUCACUUGCCCUAAUCCCAACUGGGUCCUUCAUUAUCAUCCUCUAGAUUGCCGGUUGACUCAGAAGUAGGUGAUCUUCAAUCCGAUGCCUUAAAGGUUAGUUCUAAGUAGAAAUGGUGGAUAUUUAAUGUUCUCUUGCAGUUUCAACUUGAAGGGCCAUUGAAGUUUGAACAAUGAAGUGGAAGGGGGAUUGAUUUUUGGCGACCACCAGUGAUAUUACAUUCAUCUUAACGAGAAACCACCUUUUUGUUAUUUCGACAGUGAGUUGUAACAGUUCCAAAGUAGCAUAAGGUGUGCUAUCCCUUGCAUGUCUUUUGUGUAAAUAUGAUUAGAUUAAAGGAUCUAGUUCAGGUUUUUCAGAGUCCCCAUACCCCAAGACAGUUCACUAAUAUCUGUAGCUUGAUACUGAUUAGGUGGGUUUCGGUGUUGAAGCAGAGUGAAGUUUUUAGCCUGGGGUUAUCUACUCCAAACCCAGACAUUACUUGCAGCAAUUGUAACAUAAACAGGUGAUAUGAAACUCCAUCUGCAUCUAGCCUUGGUUGGGUGGGUUGAAUAUUGACUGUAUUCCUCAAAAUUUGAUGAUUUUUGUCCGAGUACUGGUUUCACUAAUGCUAUC